AUUCUUACAGAUGAUGAUUCCUCAUAAAAAAAGAGGUUUGAUUCUACUUCAAUGGACUUUAUCUUCAGUAUAAAUACUCCCACUACUCGUAGGACAAGAUUGCAGUUUCGCUUCUACAAAUAUGGCUGUUUCAUAUCUUCUCCUGAUUGUUCUUUCCGUUGCAUCCUCAACGCUGGCAUGCAUCCACCCCACGCAGCACUACACCACCAUGGGAUGCAUCCCCAGCAAAGUAAUCGAUGGCACGGGUUGCCCCCGGAGUUACUACUGUCCGAACCUGAGCGAACGCGCACCGGACAAGUGCUACCUGUUUGGGCAGGUGUACGACCUUGGCCAGCAACUACCUCCGGAUCAAACGAUUUCCAACUGUGACACGCUGACCUGUGAAAUUGGUUAUGACGACAAACCGUGGUUGAGUUCAAAUUACGAGAAUUGUAUCUACCCAUACGCCCCGGAUUGUGUAACGCAGUAUUCGCUGGAUCAGUGCUGUCCGGUGGGAACAGUAUGCGGGGAUGACCGGGAUAGUCUGGCCAGGUGUAACGUUUCUGGUUCGAGUUAUUACGAGGGAGAGCAGGUCUAUCUGGGAUUCGAUUCCGGAAAGUCCUGUGUGUGCUCCCGACACUACGACGGCUCCCAGGAAGGAGUGGUGAGCUGUGUCGAGCAAAAGUGCAACUUUGAGGUGUUUGAUAGCUAUCGAUUGCUGAACGGAGGGGCUCCCGUGUACAGAGAAGAAAGCUACUGUCCGUAUGAUUGGAGAUUGCCUCAUGACAAUGAUGUUAUUGUUCCGGGGCCUUAUCACGGAGAUUGCUCAUAUCCGCAGUGUGUAUACGGGAAUCUAACGUUAACCCAAGGAGACUCUUUGAUUUCGCUGAUCACGUACCAGGGAAUAUACAAGUGUAGCUGUGCCAUUCCGCCGUUGGUGCAUUGCAUUCUUGAGAAAGAUACUGUUAAUAAGAACUUCAACGACACGGCCCUCUUCAACAUUGCCAUCAUCGACUGUGCCGAGUUCUUCGCCCCGUCCGGAAUCGACUGCGUGCGUCAGUACCGGCGAGGUCAGUGCUGCUCGUUCGGGUCGGUGUGUGGGAACAGCCGGAACAAUCUCCGAACCUGCGCCGUGGGGAACGAAACGCUCUACGAGGGUCAGCGGUAUGCCGUUAAGGGAGAUCCCUGCAAGAUCUGCGUUUGCACGGUGGAUUCUGGUGGAUUCCCGGUGGAGAACUGCUUCGAGCAACGGUGCGCCUUUGAGUUCACCGACGCGGACAAGCUGUUGGCCGGGGCUGCGCCGGUUUUCGAAAAAGGAUGGUGCUGCCCGGCAGAUUGGCGAUUGCGUGAGUUGUGA